AUGCGAGCCGCAAUUCCAUUUUCACGCGGGACACUGACCUCUACUCGCCUGUACCGAUGUCGUCCAUCGAUCCCAUCGUCUCGAGGCAUCCGGGCCUCACAUGUCAUACGGACUCACUCCACAGCUCGCACAGGCAGGACCCAGCAGCAGGAUGACUAUGACAAAUCAACCGGGUCGCAGGCUUCAAUCUCAGCCGGCCGGACUCUUGUGGCCUCGGUACUAGCAGCUGGGCUGGGUUAUAGCUAUGCAGCUUACAGAGAAAAAAGUCCAGUGUCGGCGAAGGGCCCUCAAUAUGGUUCGGCACAAGAUUUUGAAAAGGCGAUCGCGGAACUGAGACUCAUUCUUGGAAACGACGCUGUGAGCACGGAUGAGGACGACCUACAAUACCAUGGGUUUUCAGAGUGGUCGAGUCUGAACGCCAACCGUCUUCCUGUUGCAAUCGCCUACCCCACCAGCACCGAGCAAGUCUCCGAGAUCGCUAAGGUCUGCUCCAAGUACCGUAUGCCGAUGAUUCCCUACUCUGGCGGCUCGAGUUUGGAAGCCAACUUCUCGGCCCCUCAUGGUGGUUUGACCAUUGACUUUGGCAAUAUGAACAAAAUCUUGGCCAUCAACGAGGACGACAUGGACAUUAUUGUUCAACCGUCCAUUCGUUGGAUGGAUUUGAAUGAAGAGAUCAAAGACACUGGUCUGUUCUUCCCCGUUGAUCCCGGUCCACCAGCCAUGAUCGGAGGUAUGGUUGGUACCAAUUGCAGUGGAACGAAUGCGGUGCGCUACGGAACGAUGAAGGACUCUGUGGUCAAUUUGACUGUAGUUUUGGCGAAUGGCGACAUAAUCAAGACUCGUAAACGGCCUCGGAAAACAUCCGCUGGCUACAAUCUUACGGGCUUGUUCGUUGGCUCUGAAGGGACACUGGGCAUUGUAACGGAAGCCACGCUGAAGCUGGUACCCAUACCGGAAUUGACCCGGGUUGGUGUUGUCGCCUUCCCAACAGUCCGAGAUUGUGCCGCAACAGCCAUGCAACUGAUCAAGAAAGGCAUUCAGGUCCAAUGUAUGGAAAUCAUGGAUGAGGUACAGAUGGACGUCAUCAACCGUGCAGGUGGUACUGGGAAGGUUUGGAAGGUCACCCCUACGCUGUUCUUCAAGUUCAGCGGCACUACCGCUGGGGUUGCUGAUAGCAUCAACUUGACUCGGCAACUCGCCACGAGAAAUGUAGGUUGUCACCCCCAAGUGAGCACCGCGAUCAUGGCCAGUAUCACUGACCUCGUCGUCCAGAAUGCGAUGGAGUUCAUGUUCGCGAAGACUGAGCAAGAAGCUCACGAUCUAUGGUCCGCCCGCAAACAGUCUCUUUGGAGUAUGAUGGCGUUACGCAAAGAAGGAUCCGAAGUCUGGUCAACGGAUGUAGCUGUACCGCUAUCCAGAUUACCCGAUAUUAUCGAGAUAUCGAAGAAGGAACUUGACUCACUAGGUUUGUUUGCCAGUAUCUUGGGUCAUAUUGGCGACGGCAACUUCCACGCGAGUAUCAUGUACAACCGUCACGACCCUGCCGAGCAAGCUCGUGUCGAGAAGGUCGUUUACGAUAUGGUGGACCGUGCUCUUGACAUGGAGGGCUCUUGCACAGGAGAGCAUGGAGUCGGCCUUGGUAAAAAGGAGUCCCUUAAAAAGGAGCUCGGUCCUGCUACCAUUGGAGUCAUGAAGAGUCUGAAGCGCUCUCUGGACCCUCACUGGCUCUUGAAUCCAGGAAAGAUCUUUGAUUGGGAGGAUGAGCCAUGA